AGUUGCUGGGAUCCGCAGCACACUUCUGCAUGUGGCCAGGGUGGCUUUCUCCAGCUGGGAUGAAGGACUUGAGCAGAAAUUCAUUGCUGGCUUCCUCCCUGCACGAGCUCCAAGUGAUUCCGGGGUCCUCCGUCCUCCCCGGGGAUAUCAUCAAGGACACACAAAGGCCCUGUUUACCCUCCACUGAGAGUUGGGUUGGAGAUGGAUGCUGAGUAUAGACACAGUGCAGGAGGAUUCUUUUGUCUUCACUCUUGUUUCUAACUGUUGCUGGUACUAGGUGCCCGGUCCUGAGCAGCCAUGACGACGGAGGUUCUCCCCAGUGCUCUGGAGGUCGACGAGAAGUCUCCAGAAGCCAAGGACCUACUGCCCAGCCAGACUGCCAGUUCCCUGUGCAUCAGUUCCAGAAGUGAGUCUAUCUGGACCACCACCCCCAGGAGUAACUGGGAAAUCUACCGCAAGCCCGUCGUCAUCAUGUCCGUGGGAGGUGCCAUCCUGCUCUUCGGCGUGAUAAUCACCUGCUUGGCCUACACCUUGAAACUGGGUGACAAGAGCCUUACUGCCCUCAAGAUGAUAGGCCCUGCCUUCCUGUCCCUAGGACUCAUGAUGCUGGUGUGUGGGCUGGUGUGGGUGCCCAUCAUCAAAAAGAAACAGAAGCAGAGACAGAAGUCAAGUUUCUUCCAGAACUUCAAGUCAUUCUUCCUGAAUCGCUGA